AUGUCUGCAACUUCGCCAUUUGCUGCUUUAGGCUCUGCGAAGGCCAAGGCCACCACUAAAGAACAGCCCGCGUCUACGUCUGCCUUUGCAUCGUCCAGCUUGGCGGGCUUUGCUAGCUCCGCGCAGUCUCCGUUCGGUUCAUUGGGCGCAUCCUCUUCGUCUGUCUUCAAGUCAACAGAUUCCACUCCCAAGGGUGGACUUGCGUCUCCGCCUAAAACCUCGGGAUUUGGUGGCCUUGGCUCCGGUUUCUCUGGUGUCGGCGGUGGAUUUGGCGCAGCAGCCAAACCGGGCGGUCUCACCAGCUUUGCAUCUCCCAGCGCUCCAACCACUUUUGGCGAGUCGAAGGCCAAGGCAUUCGGCGCUGAGGAAUCCGAAGACGAGGAGACUGGCAACGACGAAGAUGAAGACGAGUCUACAGCGGGCGCCUUUGAGGAAGAAAAGACCGACGAACGAUUCUUCCAGCAGACCAUUGAGACCGGCGAGGAAGAGGAACAGAAUCUUUUCGCAUGCAAGGCCAAGCUGUUCCACUUCUCCGAGAAAGAGUGGAAGGAGCGUGGCAUCGGCACAUUCAAGAUCAACACAAGGAAGGACUCCGACGGAAAGCUCGGCGCUCGGAUGAUCAUGCGCGCUGACGGUGCUUUCCGAGUGAUGUUGAACAGCCCCGUCUUCAAGGGCAUGAACUUUGGCGAUGCAGAGGGUGCCGAACCGGCUUCCAAGCAGAUUCUGCUGGCUAGUCUGGAGGAGGGACGUACCGUUCCCCUGCUCCUGCGAGUAAGUGAUGUCUUUUCUCUAGUUGUCUUGGCCGCGGUGCUAAUACUUCACACAGACUGGAAACGAGUCCUCCACCAAGGAACUUUAUGA